CUAUGCAUGAGCUGAGAAUGGGUUACAAACAAUCGCUAUUGCAACGUUUACAACAAAUCGAAAUGUCGGCCUAUCAAAAAUCCGAAACCGAACCAACAAACAAACGUCGGGAUACCCAGCCAGCCGAUGCUGAGCCGGCUGCUGCUGGCGCCGUCGGUCUGAAUGUUACAGAUUUUAGUAUACAACGGAUAUUAGGAGAUUCACCGGACAAAUGUAAACCCUCACAAUCGCCACGUACCUCCAGCAGUUCCAUAACACAGGAUACACCACCCACCAGUCCCAAACUCUAUGCACCGGUGGCCACAAAGGCCCAAUACCCUGUAGCGGCAGAUAUUUUGGAUUUAUCAAAAACGAAAACGGGAACAUCAACAAUACCAUCUUCCAACCCUGCCUUGGAAUUCCCCUACACCACACCUGAUGCAGGUUUUACCUACCCCGCCAUACAUCCCAACAUUUUGGCAGCGAUGGCGGCCCAGAAAUUCUAUGCCCAAUUUUUGCCGCAGAUGUUUAGUGGAGCUACAACAACCGCAGCAAUGGCGGGUUUAUACCAGCAAUUACCCCUACCCCGCAGUGCACCUGGACCAGCAACCUCGUCCUAUCAAAAGCGUUACUUUGCACCCUAUGUUCUGAACAACAACAACAACCAGAACAGCAACAAACAAAAUCCCACACACACCCCCCUAACACCACCCACACCCACCGCACCGCAAUGCCAAACAUCCGCACCAUCAUCAUCAACCUCCACACCAACCACAAGCAAAUAUAUCUGCUCUCGCCUCGAUUGUUCGGAAUGUUUGGAGAACUAUUAUAAAACACCAAAUUCUGCCACUGGUGGUUAUUCGUAUAAGAGCCCAAUAUUGUCACCCACAGCCUCAACCAUCAGCUCCACCAGCUCUUAUCAUUCGAAAAUACAAAAGGAUGUAAUGCUAUCGGCGGCGGCUUCGACAAAUAUUUCAUUGACAUCGGUGACAAAUAUCCAUUUGACUACAGGAAAGGGUGCCACCGGAGCAGGAGGAUCUAUGUCAACGUUAUUUGAAAGUCGGAAUUCAGAGGAAAUUAGCUAUAAAUGUCGGAUAUGCGAUAAGGUUUUUGGAUGUUCACAGACAUUGCAGGCCCAUGAAAAAACCCACAAAUCACCACGCUAUGAAUGCACCGAUUGCGGCAAAGGUUUCUCCCAAUUGCGGAACUACAAAUACCAUCUCUCCGUGCAUCGUGGAACCAAAGAAUUUGCAGCGGAAUGCCCCGAAUGUGGCAAGACCUUCAACGACAAAGGCUACCUAAGCAGCCACAUGAAAAUUCAUCGCAAUAAAAAGGAAUACGAAUGUCCCUAUUGUCCGAAGUCCUUUAAUCAACGUGUUGCCUUUAAUAUGCAUGUACGCAUACACACGGGUGUAAAGCCGCACAAAUGUGCCGAAUGUGGUAAACGUUUCUCGCGUAAAAUGCUACUGAAGCAACACAUGCGCACACACAGCGGAGAAAAACCUUAUCAAUGUUCGGUGUGCGGUAAAUCAUUUGCCGAUCGUAGUAAUAUGACACUACAUCAUAGGCUGCAUUCGGGUAUCAAGCCAUUCAAUUGUCCCAUCUGCCCGAAGGCAUUCACCAAGAAACAUCAUCUGAAGACACACUUGAACUAUCAUACCGGUUGUAAGCCCUAUGUCUGUCCACAUCCGAAUUGCAAUCAGGCCUUUACACAAUCGAGUAAUAUGCGAACGCAUGCCAAAAAAUGUCAAUAUCGACCGUUACAAAUGACACAGUUUUCAACACCAUCAUCUGCUGGAGCUGUAGCUUCUUCUGCGAUGGCCAACAGUUCAAUAACAUCAUCCUCAUCAUCGGCUGAAACGAAAUCAUCAAUAUCCGCCGCCUCAGUUGCAGCAGCCGCUGCCUCAUCUUCAUCGGCCAUAACGGCCCAAAGUCUGCUGCUGAAUACCAUUUCCCGUUUACCUUCAACGGCUGGUGUUGGCAGCAACGGUAACAGUCUUUAUCAUGGUGUAAAUGUCCCAUCGACCAGCAUCAGCAGCAUUCCUUACAUGCCAUCCACCACUUUAUCGGCUGGCAUUCGGAUGUUAUCCACAGUUCACAAUUCCGUACCAACGACCGCUUCCACUGGAUUUCCGCCAGCCCAGCAGCCUCUACUGUCCACCUUGAGACCGUUUUAA